AUGGAUAAACCACCCGCGGUGCAUCCAGUUUGCAAAGGGGGAGCCGGAGGUGGUGGGUUUGGCGAGGGUGAAGAAGAGUACUCGGAACUCAUGAAGCGAAUCGAGUUCAACGCCAAAGACCACAGAACACGUCACGUGACUGGUGCCUUAGUUCUGGCAUGCACAUUCGCCAAUAAACCCUUGCUUAGAGAUAUUUGUGUGAUAAAUCUGACUAAAGUAAGCGACAAUCUUGGCGGUAAAGGCGUGAUUGAAGUGUACGAUGAGAACGAAGUCGCAUUCCACUUGAUGUCGGCGUGGUUUCUAACCGCUUAUUAUGAUGAAGUAGUGCCUGAACGAGACGACUCGCCCCUGCCUGUGUUUUGGUUUUUUCUGUUCAAGCUGAAUGAAAUGAGUAAAAUGGGAUACUUGGGAGGUCACGACCCGAAAUACGUUCCAAGUGAAUUCUGCUUGCAUCGAGACGAAAUAUGGUAUUACCCAAUAGAGGUAGAAGUCUUCGUAGACGAAGAAAUGGAAACACUGGAAGACUUCGUGUUCUUGUCGUGUGACAACAUCCACGAAGCCACUCGCAAGCUGAUCAAACGUGUCUUCGGCCACACGAGGGCAAGCAACCUGCCGCCUAAAUUGAAGUUGUUCAUGCAGUGCGAGGCGGAAACAGAGAAGGAUAAAGACGGAGACGGCGAGGAGGGGGAGGAGGGUGAAAAUGAGGGCAAAGAGGAGGAAGGCGAAGAGGAAGAAAACGAAGAAGGCCAAUCGAAGUCGAAAUCAAAGUCUAAAGUGGAAGGCGAAGACGGAGAAAAACCUGAGGAGGAAAUGCAGCACUAUAACAUGCACAUGAUGGCCCAGAGGUUCCAAGAUCUUACCAACCAAGUGUUCCAUUUUGGGGAUCUUCUCCUCCCAAAGACGGCUGUUUUCUACUUGAAACCGGAAAAGCAAGCUCAUGGCAAGAAGAGCAUGAAACCAGAGCAGUACGACGACUUCAUCAUGUGUGACCAAAUUCGAGAUCCAGAAGAGAACAAUGAGAGGAUAGUGGACCCCCUGCCAAGUGAUAAGGCUAUGGAAAAGUCCAAGGCGCAUAUUCUGGCUCAUAUUGUGUUCCUGUUUGACACUAUUCUACAGGAAAGUGAGAAAUCGGGAGCGGUGCGUCUGAUGCUGGUCAUCUGCAACCAGGCAGACAAAUCUGAGAAGCUGCAGAAGGCAGUACUAGGUCACUGUUGGAUGGUCAUGAUCGCCAAUCUGCACCACCUCAUAGACCAGUCCAUAACAGACGGGGCCAAGCGGGACCUGCAGUACAUUGGCAAGUGUUUCGCGGAAUGCCUGUGGGAUGGGAAGCGUGAAUUUGUUACAGAAUAUCCGGACCUGCUCAUAUCCCUGGAAGGACUGGACAGUUUGAUCAAGACAAGGCGAGCUACCCGUACUUGGAGACCGAAGACUAGUACAAUCAAGGAAGGAGACAUGGGAGAGAACGAGGACGAAGACGAAGAGGUGGAAGGAAGUGAGAAAGACAAGGACAAGGAAGAGGGGGAGGAGGAAGGGGAAGGAGGUGAAGAGGAGGGGGAGGAGGGAGAAGAGGGCGAAGAAGUUGAAGGUGAAGGCGCAGAAGGCGAAGAGGGUGAAGAGGAAGCGAAGAAAAAGAGCAAAGAGGCGAAAAAGGAAAAAGAGAAGAAAAAGAAGGAAAAGGAGAAGAAAAAGAAAGAGAAGGAAAAAGAGAAGAAAGAGAAGGAAAAGGAGAAGAAGAAAAAGGGAAGCAAAGGCGAAGAUGAGGAGUCGCGUGAGAAGCCGGUGAAGAAACGGCCUCUCCAUUUCGGACAGCCGGUCUACGACGGAGACGAGGCGCUGACCUUUUUGAACGCGGUGUUCGAGACUCACCAGGACGAAGUGCCGGCCGAUGGGAAGAAGAGAAAAAGCACAGACGAAGAAGGAAGCAGCCAGGGAUCCAAAGGUAGUCAAGCCGAAGGCAGCCAGGGCGAAGGAAGUCAGGCCGAAGGAAGUCAGGCCGAAGGAAGUCAGGCCGAAGGAAGUCAGGCCGAAGGAAGUCAAGCCGAAGGUAGUCAGGCUGAAGGAAGUCAAGCCGAAGGUAGCCAGGCCGAAGGAAGUCAAGCCGAAGGCAGCCAGGUCGAAGGAAGUCAAGCCGAAGGCAGCCAGGCCGAAGGAAGUCAAGCCGAAGGCAGCCAGGCCGAAGGAAGUCAAGCCGAAGGCAGCCAGGCCGAAGGCAGUCAGGCCGAAGGCAGUCAACCCCCCGAUGAAAGCCAAGCUGAGGGAUCGCAGAUCGUGAUUAUAGCACUUUCCACUUUCAAUGAACACUUUGGUUUGAGAGGCGAAGAGGGUGAAGAGGAAGCGAAGAAAAAGAGCAAAGAGGCGAAAAAGGAAAAAGAGAAGAAAAAGAAGGAAAAGGAGAAGAAAAAGAAAGAGAAGGAAAAAGAGAAGAAAGAGAAGGAAAAGGAGAAGAAGAAAAAGGGAAGCAAAGGCGAAGAUGAGGAGUCGCGUGAGAAGCCGGUGAAGAAACGGCCUCUCCAUUUCGGACAGCCGGUCUACGACGGAGACGAGGCGCUGACCUUUUUGAACGCGGUGUUCGAGACUCACCAGGACGAAGUGCCGGCCGAUGGGAAGAAGAGAAAAAGCACAGACGAAGAAGGAAGCAGCCAGGGAUCCAAAGGUAGUCAAGCCGAAGGCAGCCAGGGCGAAGGAAGUCAGGCCGAAGGAAGUCAGGCCGAAGGAAGUCAGGCCGAAGGAAGUCAGGCCGAAGGAAGUCAAGCCGAAGGUAGUCAGGCUGAAGGAAGUCAAGCCGAAGGUAGCCAGGCCGAAGGAAGUCAAGCCGAAGGCAGCCAGGUCGAAGGAAGUCAAGCCGAAGGCAGCCAGGCCGAAGGAAGUCAAGCCGAAGGCAGCCAGGCCGAAGGAAGUCAAGCCGAAGGAAGUCAAGCCGAAGGCAGCCAGGCCGAAGGCAGUCAGGCCGAAGGCAGUCAACCCCCCGAUGAAAGCCAAGCUGAGGGAUCGCAGAUAGAAGAAGACGAAGAGAGGGGCAGUCAGCAGCCACCCCCAGAGGAAGUGGACGAAACUACCGGAGCUAGUGCAAGUGGAGCUGGAUCCGCUCAGACUUCUAGUGAGAUGGGGGAGGGGGGAGGGAGUGAGUACGAAGAUGCGGGGGGCAAGAAAAAGAAGCGGAAGAGAAAAAAGAAGAAAACAAAGAUGAGCGAAGCUGUUCCCGAGGAGGACGAGGAGGAGGGCUAGGAAGAGGGGGGGUUGGAAGCGGAUCAACUGGAGGGCCAGACCAAGAAGUAAGGUGGAACCAAGCGAGAAUAUUGGAAACCACAAAGUUCAAACUACAGCAGUAAUGACCAGUGUUAAUUUUCUUAAAGUUAUUUAUCACACGUGCGCAGUUUGAGCUAUAUUAAUAGGUCUUAGAAGUUCUUUAAAAUGUUCAGUUCAAUUUGAAAAGCGAGCUCGAUAAUCAGCAGUUGAAAUUUGCUCUCAUAAAAACCCGUGUUGAGUUCACAUUGAAAAUUAGCGAUUAAAGCUUGAAUUUUUAUAGAUGGGUUAUCGUUAAUUUAGCGCUAGGAAAUCAGCCAUUUUUUAGCGAUCA